GUGUGUGUGUGUGUGUGUGUGUGUGUGUGUGUGUGUGUGUGUGUGUGUGUGUGUGUGUGUGUGUGUGUGUGUGUGUGUGUGCGCCAACUGUAAUGUCUGGCUGGCCCAAAAGAACAGCUUGCCUCCGCAGCUUCCAGCCUCCUCUUCCCUGCCCCCACCGACAAUCCACCUGGUCGCUGUGUACCUUUACAGCUGACCCACCCCCGUCUCCGCCGUCUUCCGUCAUUUGAUUUCUUAAUCGCAGCGUGUCCCUCUCCUCCUCUACUCUCCAUUUUUUGCUCUCCUAACCCCUCCUCUUCUCUCUAUUCCUCUCUCUCGUCUUCUCCUGGGCUCUCAUCUCCUUUCUCCUCUCCUCUCCUUUUCUCAUUUCCUCUCACCUCUCCUUUUCUCAUUUCGUCUUUCGUUUCUCUUCUUCUCUUCUCCUCUCCUCUCUCUCCUCUCCCUACCUUCCCUCCUCUCUCCUUUCUCAUUUGUCUUCUCCUAUUCUUUUUCAUUUAUCCUCUCCUCUUCCUUUCUUCUCUCCUCCUCUCCUCUAGCUCCUAUUAUUUUCUAUUACUCCCCUGUCUUGUCUUUCCCUCUCUCCAUUUCCUCUCCUGAUUUGUACCGUUUUUUUCCAUCUCUCCUUUUCUCACCUCCUCCUGUACCCUCUCACUCUCUCUCUCUUCACCUCCUCUUCCUAAGAUUUUAUUGGACAGAAGAGACAGACAUUUUCCUCGCUCUGUUCCAUGUCCCUAGCUGACCCCCCUCCGCACGUGCACACACACACACACACAUCGAGGGGAGUGCUUGACGACUUAGCUGGGUGAGUGGGGGGGAGUGAGACUCUGCAAGCCCCUCACCCCCCAUGAGUCUGGUGCAGCCCCGUGAGUGGCUGCCUUCAGCGCUGACAUCACACCGCCAGCAGGCCGCUGAUAUGUCGCUGUUUCCAGGGCUAACUUGCUCACUUUACCCGCGCACUGGCCGCGGCAAAGGUAGACUUGCGUUUGCACAGUCUCUCGCUCUCUCUCGCUCUCUCUCCCGCUAGCUGUCACUCGCCCCUCCCCUCUCCCCCUCCCCUCUCCACACAUAGUCUGUCUUCCCGCUUGCGGUUUUCCCUCUCACACUCACUUGGAGGAGCACUCGGAGGAGCACUCGGAGCACCAGUGCGCGGGUGGCUGCUCCUGCCUUAGGAGGAGGAGGAGACGCACGCCACCUUCGGGGCUACAAUGGACACUAGCCCAGGCUGUGGAUGAUGGAGGAGGUAGUGGCCCGGCAGGUAGGGUGCUACAGGUUGGCGUGGACCAUGAGCACGUCAAAGCGUUGCGCCGGUGGCCUUGCUGCCACCCGUGUUGUGUAGCGUCUGAGCGGGACAUGGGCCAGACCGCCCGCCACAUCCCACUUCAACGCCCACAGCAGACUGCACCAGUAGAUCGCCUUCAGAAUCUCGGCAACCUUACCGUUGACGAGCGACUCCAGGUGAAGACCGUGCCAUGAAAAUGUCCAACUCGGUCACAAUGGAAACAACGGCCAAAGCCUGCAUCGUUGACGACGUAGGGAGCGACAUUACCUCUUCCCACUCCGGGCCGACCAAGGGCCUGGCAGCAACUCUGACGUCUUUAGCCAUAGAAGAAGUCGGCGAAGGCAAGGAGGACCCAAAGAUGAUGAUGAUGAUGAAGAUGGACGGGGGUCCAGCCCCACACCACCGCCCCGCAGCUCCUCAACCGAGAGGCCUGCCCCCGGGGGAGGAGGAGGGAAGAGGAGCAGAGGACCGGGGCUGUAGAAACUCCACGGAGAAGGAGGUGAAGAGUCCCAGGAAGACGUUAUCAAGAGACUCCAGCCAGGACUACACCGAUUCCACAGGCAUCGACCUCCAUGAGUUUCUUGUCAAUACGCUGACGAACAACCCCAGGGACCGUAUCACCCUGCUGAAGCUGGAGCAAGAUCUGCUGGACUUCAUCCGUAAUAACGAAAGCCAGAGAAGGAAGUUCCCCCCGAUGACCUCGUACCACCGCAUGCUCCUGCACCGCGUGGCCGCCUACUUCGGCCUGGAACACAACGUGGACCCCAGCGGCAAGUCGGUGGUUGUCAACAAGACAACCAGCACCCGAAUACCCGAGCAGAAGUUCUGUGACUACAUCCAGGAUGAGGUGCGUUCGGACGAGGGUUUCCCAGGACGUCACGUCCUCAAGAGGGACCACCGCAGCUUCGAUGACGCCUCGCAGGUCCGGAUGCGUCUGAAAUCAGACAUGAGGAGUAAAUCGAUGGAGGAGCGAGAAGAGGAGUACCAACGGGCCCGCGACUGGAUAUACGAGGGGGAUCAUUUGAUUUUCAGUUCAAGGAGCCAGGAGAAAGAGACUGGCAAGAGCAGCCAGCAGCGACGCCAGCUCUUCAGCAGGCAGCAGUCGGGUUGUUCCGGCGCCGGUUGCCAGAGCAGCUCUGAGAUGGAGGCGUCGCGGCCCGGCGACCCGCCCCCCUGGAGUAGCACCGACUGCUCCGAAAGCUCCCAGCGGCCCCCUCCUCCUCCCCCGUCAGGAGGACCACCUGCACCGCCGGCCUGGGUUGGCGCUGGGGUCACCAGGCCCAGCAGCCUCAGUGGCCGUGUGCCUGGACCCGUUAUGGUGCAUGGAGACAGCACCGCGAGCAGCAAGAGCACUGGAAGAGGUACGGAUAAGAUAAAAGAACAGGACCGGAUCACUGGACUGGACUGGGACAGGAACGACUGAGGUUAGAUUAGAUUA